UUCAGCAUGGUCCGUGCUGGGGGUGUUGCCUGUUGGCGCUCUGUGAACUUUCUUGGCGCUCUGUCGUCAUGGCUUGUGCGAAGAAGCAGAAUUUGCCGUUCGCUGCGAAACUCGAAAUCAUAAAUCGAGUCAAGCGCGGUGAGAAGAAGUCCGACGUCGCCGCCGCGUACAAGAUUCCAAGGAGCACCUUGAGUACUAUCCUGAAGAACAAGGCAGACAUCAGGGCCAAGUCGGACAAAAGGCCAGGUGCCCGUGGCGCCCAACGUGUGUGCACUGCUGUGUACGAGGAUGUCGAAGUGGCCAUUUUUAAAUGGUUUGUGGACGUUCGGUCGCGAAACAUCCCGGUGUCCGACCCAAUGAUCGAGCAGAAAGCCAAGGACCUUGCCUUCUUGCUUGGCAGGAAUGAUUUCCAAGGCGGUUCCGGCUGGCUCCAAUGGUUCAAAGAACGGCACGACAUCGUUGGCAAAGCUGUUACGGGUGAAAGCAGAGCGGUGGACCUGGACAGCGUAGACAAAUGGCUCGAGGAAAAUUGGCGAGAUAUCACAGCAAGAUAUCAAGCCCAAGAUAUCUUCUAUGUGGAUGAAACCGCUCUAUUUUGGCAAAUGUUGCCAAACAAGACACUUGCAUGUCGGGGCGACAAGGCUUGCGGCGGCAAGGCAAACAAAGCACGUGUGUCUGUGCUGUUGGCAGCUAAUUUAGACGGAUUGAAAAAGCUUCGACCUCUAGUUAUCGGGAAAAGCACGGCACCGCGGUGUUUUCGAAAUGCGCUGUCGCUUCCAGUUACCUACCGAGCAAACUGAAAAGCGUGGAGGAGCUCUUUCUAUGCUGAGUAGAUCGUGGGCAGAUGUCACGAAGGAGACAAUCCAGAACUGCUUUAGGCAUGCCCGCUUCCGCAUGCCUGGUGAUGACACCCCAAAUUCCGAUGACAGCACUGAAGACACCGCAGGUGUUUCCGCCGUAGUUUGGAGCGAGCUAGCAGAGUUCCCGGGUGCUAUCGACGGAUCGACAUUCGACGAGUUCGUCAGUGCGGACGAUGAUGUCGCCAUCAUGGGCCAGCUACAAGAUGAAGACUACGUUGCAGACGUGCCGACCAUGAGCCAGCAAUAAGGAAAUUGAUGAUGGCCCGUUGCCUACAUCCUCCGAAGUGAUUAGUGCACUUGCGUUGGUCCGGCGCUAUUGCGUGAAUGUAGAAGGUUGCGGCCUCAGCUGCUCCGACUCGUUGGACAACGUGGAGGCGU